GGUCGAUUUAGUCGCAUUUCAAAUUUUCGUCAUGCUUACUUAGUCAAUCAAUCAUUAACAUCUUGAAAAUAUUUGUAGUUAUGUUCUCAAUAAUAUAUUAAUGACAAUAUUGAAAAUAUUAUCAAAUCUCAGUGGCAAAUUAAGAAGAGAAAAAUUUGGUUAAAUUUGUGAAAAGCUUUCAACGUUUUACUGACAUCAACACAUUAUCGAAUUUUUGAAUGAACAAUAUUGAAAUAGAAAGCACUUCAACAGCUUUCUAGUCAACAGUCUGAAAACCUUGAAAUUACCAAUCAUGGCACCAAACAUUCUCGAUCCAGAAAAUAAAAAACCUGAUGACAUCAAACAAGAUGACAGUAUUUUGAGAUCACGAAUAGAUAAUGCGAAAGAAUCUCAUCAUGAUAGAACUCAACCAAAUCAUUCCAUUAAGAAUCUUACCACAACAGAAGAAUCUCAAAGUAAAGUUGAGAGUAUUGAAUUCCAGCCACAAAUACGAUGGCCAGAUCUAUUUGCACAAUUGUUCAUUCACGUGGGAUCACUGUAUGGACUUUAUUACUUAGUAGCAUUGAAACCCAAAUUCUACACAUAUAUUUGGUUUGUUGCGUUAAUUUAUGCUUCAGGAAUUGGAAUCACGGCUGGUGCACAUCGUUUGUGGUCGCACAAAUCAUUUAAAGCAAAGUGGCCAUUGCGUGUUAUCCUUGUCUUUCUUUUCACCAUUGCUGGACAGAGAGACGCUUACACAUGGGCACACGAUCAUCGAAUUCAUCACAAAUAUUCGGAAACAAAUUCAGAUCCACAUAAUGCAAAGCGUGGAUUCUUCUUCGCACAUAUUGGAUGGCUUUUCCUUACACCACAUCCCGAUGUUGUUGAGAAGAGGAAAAAUAUUGACAUGAGUGACUUGCAAGCUGACAAAAUUGUCAUGUGGCAGAAAAAGUAUUACAUUCCUUUGUUCGCGUUUAUUGCGAUAGGAUUUCCAGUUAUUGUGCCUUAUUACUAUUGGAACGAAUGCCUUUGGAUUUCCUUUUGGACAUGUUUCGUAUGUCGAUUUUGUACAACAUUAAACAUCGCAUUCUUUGUGAACAGUGUUGCGCACAUGUAUGGUGACAGACCUUACGACAAAAACAUUAGCCCCGUGGAGAAUAUUUUUGUAUCGAUUGCCGCGAUGGGCGAAGGAUUUCAUAAUUAUCACCAUGUUUUCCCUUGGGAUUAUAAAACUGGUGAAUUUGGUGGAUGGAAAGGCUAUCAAACAAACAUCACAACGGCGUUCAUUGAUUUCUUUGCGAAGUACGGUUGGGCGUAUGAGAGGAAAUAUGCCACUGAUGAUAUGAUUGCGAGACGAGCAGCAAAAACUGGCGACGGAACUUAUUUUCUGACCCAUGAUGAAGCACACAAAACUUCAAUUUGGGGAUUGGAUGAUAAAGAUAUUGAAGAUGAAGAUCUGAAAAUUUUAAGGAAAAUGAAUGAUCAGGAAAAUCCCACAACGAGUCAAAAUGUUGAAGGAGAAAAAAAGAAAUCGGCAGAUUCUAAACGAGAAGCGUCUUGGCCUUCAGUGUUGUUCUUUAUUCAUCUGAAUAUCUUGGGACUUUAUGGGAUAAUUGUUCUGUUCACCCAAGCAAAGUUGAUUACAAUUGCAUUUUCUUUUAUUUUAACACUCAUGGGAAUCUAUGGAUCGACCGUUGGAGCUCACAGAUUAUGGACUCAUAACACGUUUAAGGCCAAUAGAAUUCUGAGAUUUUUAUUGAUGAUUUCACAGACAAUGGCUGGGCAGGGGUCAAUUUACGAUUGGGUUCGAAUUCAUCGACUGCAUCAUCAAACUUUUAAGACACAAGAUGAUCCUUUCUACAGUGAUAAAGAUUUUCUUCACGCUCAAGUUUUUGCACACAUCCGAAAAUUAAGUCCACGACAAGAAAAACUUCUUGAGGCUGUGAAUAUGAAAGACGUUGAAGAAGAUGGUUUUGUGAUGUUCCAAAAAAGAUUCUAUUGGAUCCUUUAUCUCGUACUUUUUGUGUUACUGCCAAUCAAUGCACCUUUAGAAUAUUGGGAUGAUACAGUUCAAGCUGCAAUUUUCGUUGCCUUUUCAUUGCGCUACAUUAUUGUCAUCAACAUUGCAUGGCUUAUCAAUUCUGCGCACUUUAUUUGGGGAUUAAAUAAAGAUCAAAAGCAAUCAGAUUCCAAUAUGGUAUUCUUGGUGACAAAGAGUUAUUGGCCUCAGUAUCAUUACCUUUUGCCAUUUGAUUAUCAAAGCGGAGAGUUUGGAAAUUACGGUCAAGGAACAUCAACUGCACUCAUUCGCAUUUUUGCUGCAAUUGGUUGGGCAACUGAUCUUAAAACUGUCACAACAGAAGCUGUCAAAAUAGGACUUUCAAAAGCGAUAGUUCACUGUGAAGAACCGCCUCUUUCAAGAGUCUUCAUCCGAUUGUUCAACUCAAAUUCUGAAAAUGAAGAACAAGUAAAAGCAUUUGCUGAACUGAAGAAGUAUUUCAAUCCUGAGGGACGAAUAAAAUUCUUCGAAGAUGAUUGUGCAACAAGUCAGAACAAAUAUUGUCACAUUAACAAAGAACAGAAAUCUUUACCAUAUGUGAUGAAAGAUGGGAACAGCGGCGAGUUACUGAAAGUUUAUUCUGGUCCACAGGAUUUUAAAUCCUUGAAAGAUUUUUGUGUGAUACAUUUAGACAAAGAGUACAGGAAAAUUGAGUUCACAGUUCCAUUACUCAGCGCUGAUAACUUUGAAGAAUCUAUUAAAAGCGGCACCUGCUUUGUUGACUUUUAUGCAGAAUGGUGCAUUCAUUGUCGAGAAAUUAAGUCAACUUUAAAUCUUUUGCACGAACAUUACCAAGAUCAUAAAGAAAUUCACGUUUUCCGAGUCAAUUGUUGGGCUGAAAAGAAGAGUCUUUUGUGCAGCAAAUAUAAUGUCGUUGGAUUCCCAUCAAUGCUUUUGUUUAAAAAUGGAAAAUACAUAAGGGAAUACGUAGACGAUCGUUCGUUAAACGAUUUGAUUGAUUUUCUUGACAGUAGCUUAACAGAAGAAGGAAUGAAACGUAGAAAGCAAUAUGAACGUAGUCAAAGAUUGAAAAGGAAAGCAGCAAGGAAAGCACGUAAAGAGGCAGAGGCAAAGGCUAAAGCAGAAGCCGAGAAGAAUGCAGCCGCUCAAGGAAAACCAGCCCCACAACAUGUUGAAACUGAAGAACAUGAAAAAAGAUGCUUCGAGAAGGAUGAACAUGGAUUGUGUUUGGUACAAGUGUAGAUAAAUGUUUGUCUGAGUUCACAAUUGAAUAAAGUUUUUGAAAGAGUCGGUAGUAGGUAGUUAAAGUUUCUAAUACUUUCAUAAUAUUCCUAAGUCACAUGACAAUUUGGCAAAACAUGUUGAAAUUAUUCUUCUGACGUUUUUCAUGACGUGAUGAUAGUUUUAUCAACAUGUUGAUUUCCUAACAGUCGUUUGUGUAAGUUCAUUUGGUGAUGUCAAACAGAUGUUUUAUUAAACUCACAAAAACCAACACAAAAGCC